AUGAAUUCAUUAAUUUUUCUUUUUACACUUUUAACUUUAUUUUGUAUACUUAAUCAAAGUUUAAGUAAUGAUUCAGAAGCUAUUCCAGUUGGACAUAUGAGUAUGUUUUUUAAACAGAUUGGAAAUGAAUUACAUGUCGUACCUAGACAUAUGGUAGAAGAUGAUUACGAAGAUGAAAAAGAAGAAAAAGAACCCGAGAAGAAACCACUUCAUCAUACAAAACGAGAAAAUGAUGAUAAAGAUCCCAUGGAUCAAGGAAUGAAAGCAGGCAUGAGUAAUGGACAAAAAAGUUCAGAUCUCUUAGCCAACUUAAUCACUUCUACAUUUGAUGCGAUCCCAUCUGAUCAAAUUCAAGAUAAAAAUCAAGAAGAUGAUGAAGGUAAAGUCGAAAAUAAUGUUCCUGGUUACAAACAUAAUUCGAUUACUACUCCGAUCGGUGAAGCAGUUGUAGACGAAUGGGCAAAACUAAUUGGAGAUUGUGAUCAUAAUUCUUCUAUUGAUCCAACAGCCACUUCUAGUUGUAAACAAACUAAAUCUACACCACCAAGUAAUGAUCCAACUGAAUGA